AUGAGUAUUUUCAGUUCAUUAUCAUCAUUAUCCACUGGUUCUUUGAAAUCAAGUGUUUCAUCAAUUGAAAACGGUAGCUCAAGUGGUUCAUUUGGUUCAAAUGAAACAUCUGGAUGGGGUCAACACCACUGGAAUAGUUGUCGUCCAUGUCCACCACCACGUCCAAUUUGUCGUCCAUGUCCACCACCAUGUCAUCCAAAACCAAGAUGUCAUUAUUAA